AUAAAAAGACAACUGUUGCAGAUGGAAAUGGCUCGCCAGAGCAGACCUUUCGUCAUACUGGAGGCGUUUUCGGACCGUCGCCCGGACGUCAAAAACACACCCGAUUGGAGCGUCUCUGGACUUCGCCUUCCUGCAGAGCGCGAGCGGAGAAGACGCAGAUUAGCCGCAAACGCCCGCGAGCGCCGGAGGAUGCUGGGACUAAAUGUCGCAUUCGAGCGGCUGCGCAGCGUCAUCCCACGCCUGCAGAGUGACCGAAGACUCUCCAAAUCAGAGACUCUGCAGAUGGCGCAGAUCUACAUUGGGACUCUGAGCGAGAUGCUACAGGACAGAGUGGAAUCUCCGGAGGGGACCUCAGAAAAGGAGAAUGGGGACGUUAAAGCAGAGGACGGAGUGGAUCAGGACUCUACAGACUCAGAAGCGUGUUGCGGAGGACACACGGAGAAUUGGCUGCGGCACGAGCUCAAAGGAACGCUGAACUUUUGCGAACGGAGCAACGGCACGAAGUAGCGAGGCAAUGUCGUCUUUGUGUUAUAUAUUUUUGGAACUUUGUAGAAAUGACAUUGAGAUGAGGAUUUGUACAGACAAAAAAAAAAAAUCAUCGUAAUGGAUUGAAAGAAGUAAUGAAAGUAACAACUUUUUAUUCAAGUUAAAAUUAUAUACACGUAAUCAAAGGCAUUAUUUUUGAAAUUGGUACAAAGUGUCCAGGAUCCUGUGGUUGGCUUUUGGACGCAGCUUAAAUGUGACUUCAACAAAACUGAGAGGGGAAACAAAGGGGGGGGGGAACUGUAUAAAAUAAAAAAUAAGGUUCAAUUCUGAAAAGUAGUCUAUCAUUCUAGAUUUCCAAGAGCCAAUAUUUACAGAAAUAUGUACAUCUGUGUGGUUCCAUUCAUUUCCAGAGUUAA